GUUAUUUUGUAUAACGUCUAACCUCUGUCCUAUCUAAUAAAAAAGAAAGGAAGAGGUAGAAAGAAAGAAAGUAAGAGAAAGAAAGAAAGAAAGAAAGGAAAAGAGAGAAAAAAUGGCCACCAGGAGAGGUGGAUUCAUCAUGUGGGCACUGAGUCCCAGGAAUAACCCUAUUGGCAAUAAAAAAAUAAAAUAAAUAAAAAAGAUCUGACUACAACAAAGGCCAAUGUCAAGAGGACUUGGCAGAUAAUUUUGUGUUUUCUUCCCUGCAGAUGGAGAGGUCCCCAGAGGUGAGCAACACGACCAGGGUCCAGGCCUUCAUCCUGCUGGGCUUGUCCACCAGGCCAGACCUCAGGGGCGUCCUGUUUGUGGUCUUCCUGACGCUCUACCUGCUCACCCUGCUGGAGAACUCGCUCAUCAUCUACCUCGUCUGCUCCCACAGCGAGCUCCACAAGCCCAUGUACUUCUUCCUGGGCAACCUCAGCUGCUUGGAGAUGAGCUACGUGUCCGUGACCAUGCCCAGCCUGCUCGUGGGGCUGUGGGCUGGGCCCUUCCACGUGCCCUUCACCGCCUGCAUGACCCAGCUCUUCUUCUUCAUUUCCCUCAUCUGCACGGAGUGCACGCUGCUGGCCUCCAUGGCCUAUGACCGCUACGUGGCCAUCUGCCGCCCACUGCACUACCCACUGCUCAUGAGGCCGCGCGUCUGCCUGGGCCUGGCCCUGACCUCCUGGCUCGGGGCGCUGGUGGUGUCCAUUAUCAAGACCGCCUGUAUCGCCAGCUUGUCCUACUGUGGCCCCAAUGUCCUCAACCAGUUCUUCUGUGACGUGUCACCUCUGCUCAACCUGUCCUGCACCCACGUGGCCCUGACCGAGCUGGUGGACUUCAUCUCCACCAUCGUCAUCCUCUGGGGGUCCCUCCUGGUGGCCCUGGGCUCCUACGUGGCCAUCGGGAGGGCUGUACUGCACAUGCCCUCGGCUGCCGCCCGGCGCAAGGCCUUCUCCACCUGCGCCUCCCACCUGCUGGUGGUGGGCAUCUUCUACUCAGCUACCAUCUUCAUCUACGCCCGCCCCAGCCGCAUCGAGUCCAUGGACCUCAACAAGGUGCUGUCGGUCAUCUACACGGUGGCCACGCCCAUGUGCAACCCCGUCAUCUACUGUCUGCGCAACAAGGAGGUGCGGGCUGCUUUCCGCAGGGCCCUGCGCUGGUCUUUUGGCUGA